AUGCCAAACUCUGAGCUGUUUGUUCUUAGAUGUAUUCAGCCAUCGGUUAAUGCUAUCUUAGUUGAUGAACAAUAUGGUUUUAGGCCUAUCCGUUCUGCUACUACACAAUUUGUAUUUAAUCUGAUAGUUUUUUAUAAUUUUAAAUUGGAGGCCAUUGAAAAGCGAACUUGGGUGAAUGUUAUUUUUACAGAUUUCUCCAAAGCGUUUGAUCGAAUAGACCAUAAAAUACUAAUUGAAGUUCUAUAUAAAACUGGAUUUGGGAGCCUAUUCUAUCUUGAUUCAAAUCUUAUUUAUCUUCUGGUAGGGUCCAUUAUGUUAAAGUCUUACGAUAUAAAUCUGAAACAGUUUGUGUACCUUCAGGUGUUCUUCAAGAGGGGCACUUAUCCCCGUUGUUAUUUUCUUUAUUGGUUGAUGGUCUAA